AUCGGGUCGACCUCGACUUUUUGUUUAUAAGCAAAUCGAGUCCUCCAAGAGCUAGGAGAUCGACAUCGACAUCAGCAGCUCCACAUCACUCACAACUGAAACAACCGUAACGACAACGACAUCCACCAUGUCACCAUCACUUCCGGCAUCCCACUUUCUCUCGCUCGCACCCAACCACACCGCACCCCCCGCCUCUCUCCUCUCCCCAUCGACAUCACAACAGACCACCUCGUCCGCCCUCACUCGAUCUGCCGUCAACACCGCCACCACCGCCUCGGCCGAUUUCGAUGUCGACGUACGGACGGGUUUCUUGCCCUUUGAACCGGCCGUAGCGAGGUUACCUGACGAAUGGGCGGUAUGGGAAGAAGCGUUGAGCGCGGCCAGGGGAGGCGGGGUCGUCGGACAAGGGUUGAGGUUGGGUGGAGGUGGAUCGUCGACGGACCAGAGGGAGGAGGUAUGGAGACGAGGCAUCCAGACGAUGAAGGUCCUCCCUGUGGCGCCACUUCGACGAUCGCUUCCACUCCUUCGUCGGGCGCACCAGGUCCUGACCUUUCUCCUCCAUUUCUACGUCCACACCCACCCGGCCCCCGCCAACGGACCUAGGACGACACCCCUGGAGAUCCCGGAGAGCAUCUCCAUCCCGCUCCUCACCGUCUGUCCUCUCCUCGGUUUGCCUCCUAUCCUGACGUAUGCGGAUACGGUCCUCUACAACUCUCACCCUACCGACCCAUCCCUCCCUCCUUCGUUCGGCUCGAACCCGUACGACCAGACGUUGGAGACGUUUACCAACACCCCGGACGAAUCCCACUUUUUCCUCACUUCCACUCGGUGUGAACUCGCCGGCGUCCAGGCCCUCUCCCUGAUGCGUGCUUCGCUGGACGAAGCGUUCAUGGCCGACCCGCUCGCCCUCACCCGGUUGACAUCCUAUUUGGCAGAGUUGGCAGGGAGGAUCGACGAGAUUGGGGAUAUCAUACUGGACGUGAUGAAAGGGUGUGACCCUGCGGUGUUUUACCACGUGGUCCGACCUUGGUUCAAGGGCGGGGAUGCCGAUGGUCCAGGGAGCGCCGGGUGGGCUUUCUUGGGGAAAGGGUUGGAGAACGCUCAGGAUGGCGAGUUUACCGGCAACGACAACGAGGAGGACGAGGAUAUGCAGACGAGGGAGUUGAAGGCGAGGAAAUUUUCCGGACCGAGUGCCGGUCAGAGUACCUUGAUCCACGCGUUGGACGUCUUUCUGAACGUCACCCAUUCGCCACUCGAAGAUCCCGCCUCGACUUCGAACGGCCAAGAAGACUCCAAGCAGACAAAGACGGCGGAGACGACGUUCAUGACCCGAAUGCUCGAGUACAUGCCUGCCCCUCACCGAGCCUUCCUGACGCACCUCGCCUCGCACCCUCAUCCCGUCCGACAAUUGGUCCUCGACAACCAGCUCGCCCGACCUCAACUGGUUCAAGCUUACGAUAGCGCCCUAGGGGCGUUGAAGCGGCUGAGGGAGAAGCAUAUGAGGGUGGCUACCCUCUAUAUCAUCCAACAGGCUAGGAAACCUGUCACGGAAGAGUUGAUCAGGAUGGGCGCUGCGGCGCCAACCCCUGAGACCGCUCCUGCUGCUGCCUCUUCGUCAACGGGUUCGAAGAAGCUCGACCUGAGUGAAUUCAUCCACGAGGCCGAGGCCAAGAAGGAAGCGGACGAGGAGAUCAGGGGUACGGGAGGGACGGCGUUGAUCAAGUUUUUGAAGAUGUGUCGGGAUAACACGAACAAGACGAGGAUCGGCCGAGGUUAGAUCAGGACCGUGGGAGUAGGAUGGACGUUUGCGCUUGCAUAGGAUAGGAUAUAGAUGUGUAGCAUGUUGGAGGAUUGUUGUCAUUCGUUUACUUUACUUUAGAGGUUGUAUUGCUGCAUAUACCACGUUCGUUGCAUUCUUG